GCCGACUUUUGCAGUGCGGCAAUUCGCCUACGUGGGCAAAUCCCUGAAACGUGGCGAGCAAAGAUACAUGGAUGCUUAUUAUCAAACAUGUCCACAAGUGAAUUGGCACGACACGUGUCACUCACCCACGACCUGUGUGCUUCUCUUCUCUUGAGCAAAACCAAACCAGUCAAUAAUCUCAUAGCAUCAAUAUAUAUCACACACCCUCUCCUUACCACCCUUUCCCUCUAUGUUCGGUUCGGUUCCUCUCUCUCUCUCUCUCUCACGAUGGACGUGGAUUCAGAUAAACGCUCUUCUUCCUCUUUCUCUUUUUCUUCUUCUCCUUCUUCUUCGCCGUCGUGUGCCUCGGAGGAGGAGAUUGAGGCGGCGGAGACUCUUGCUCACUUGGCACUCCGCCAUGUUGAUGAUAAAUGUUGCACCACCGCUGCCAAUAACGCCAUACGUCACUCGCCGACUCCUCACACUCUUAUCACCCCUGCGGGCCAAGGUGUUGCAGGUCAGCAGCAGCUAGAUGAGAAGAUGGAGCAUGAUGACUGUUUGGGACCUGUGAAGGUGGAGCAGGAUGCUGAAUUACCUACUAGGACUACUACAAGCCACUCUUCAGUUCGCUGUAGCAAGUCGAGGCGUAAUUUGACUGAGGAGGAAAAAGAAGCGCGGAGGAUACGCAGGGUGUUGGCAAAUAGAGAGUCAGCUAGGCAAACAAUUCGCCGUAGACAGGCUCUGAGUGAGGAGUUAACCAGAAAAGCUGCCACUUUACUUAUGGAGAAUGAAAACCUAAAGAGGGAGAAGGAGUUGGCUUUAAAAGAGUAUCAGUCUUUGGAAACUACAAAUAAGCACUUAAAGGCUCAAAUAGCCAAGUCAAUAAACACUGAAGUGCAGAAAACUCCUGUUGAGCAGGAGUCAUCUGUGGCUGAGGUAGCACCUGUGUAUGGCAAUAGUCCAUGGUUUCUUUAUAACCAUUUUCCAGUUACACAGUUAUUUUGGCCCUCCAUCCUUCAGUCUCCUAGUCCAGUUCAAUUACAACAUACACCAUUUAAUUCGAUUGCCAUUCCACCAAAUGUUUAUGUGCCAUGUUCUUCUGAGUCUGAAUCACAUCACAAGCAAAAUAACCUUAUUGACAAUCGAACGCAAAAUCCAUUGUACAUGUUUCCAUGUCCUUGGUUACACCCUCUCCCAGAAUUUGGAAAUGGACAGUCACCACCUUCCACUAGCUUGAAAGAUAAACUUGAUAAACCUCCUGGUAAAAAUUGUCGUACUAGUUUAUCAUUAAAUACAGCGGCAAACGUGGAUUAUCAACCAGCUCCACCUAUCAAACUUAAAACAGAAGCUUCUGGCUUGACAGAAGCCAGAUCAGUUAAUGGCCCAGUACACGCAACUCCAAGUUUUUCUUUGGAUGGAGGUGAGCAGAAAUCAAAAUGUCACAUUGUAGAAAAGUUUAGACGACCGGCACUUGGUUGUAACGGUCAUGCUUCUGCUGUCAAGCAAGAACCAGAGCUUCAGUUACAUUCUGCUCCCAACACUAAGGCAUCUUCAACAGCUUCUCAUACUGCAGCUUCUUCACUGGAAAGGGAACAAGAACAGUUCACAUCCCUAGGUCAAAAUCUAGUGGAUGCAGUUGCUGCAGGAGAGGCAAGAAAGAGGAGAAAGGAACUAACAAAGCUAAAAAGCAUCCAUAAUCUCCAGUCCCGGAUGGAGUGUUGACUUCUCUAAUAAACUUGGUUAAAUAGUUCAAAAAGGGAGCAAAAGUUCAUCCAUUACAGAUUUUGAAGCUUCAAUGAUAAAUAAGUUUUUGGAAGUUGAGCUGAAUACAGGUUAACUAAAUCCAUUGAUGGCCUUAGAAGGAAGAGAAUUGAAGUCCAAAAUCCAAAUCAUGUACAGCACUGAUGACAUUAUAGGUUUAAGUUUUUCUUCAUUAAUCUUGCUUGUUUCUUUUUUUAUUUACUUCCUAUACUGGGAAUUUUGUUUCCCUCCCAGGGAAGAGAAAGGGUAGGGGAAGUUGGUUUUUUAAAGUGGUGAAACUGAUCAAAUUUUUUAUUGGUCAAUUUUAUGAUCCGGAUUAUUCAACUUCUAACGUUGUUUCUGAGCAGACAGUCUAAAUUUCUCUUCCCAUUAUCUAAAGCAAUUAACUAACAUAAAUUUACACUACAGGAGAAGAAAGAA